AUGCCUCCGCAACUCGGUCCUACGUCUACAGUCUAUGGUGGAAUCAUGACCGAGUACUUCUAUGCCGUUGAGUGUCAUCUUUGCAAUGUCACAAACUUCGACAACAAUCCUGCUCCACAGGGGCCUUUCACGACGAGAACCACCAGCUCCAUGCUCACGGUCACCAGAGUCGAAUGUAUUCCAGAGACCUCAGUCACCACCAGGGGCGUUUAUGAUCGUCAAGAAGAGUCCAAAAAGUUAUCACCUCGUCCUAAACAUUACAAUACCCCAAACAGGCGUUCCGGCUCUCAGGCCGUUCGUCGUUCUGACACAAACACUGUGCUGGAGCAGAUGGCCGUUUUCAUGGCCGACAUCACUCCAAGUUCCCAAACCCUGUCUGGCCCGGCACUGGAUUCAGAGGAGGAGAUCAUGUCUGCUAUGUUUGCCAUCAACGUUGCAGAUUCCGGCUUGAACGUCGCUCUCGCCUGCCAACAAGUCCAAACCACUGCGGCCCGGGUUCAGAUGCUGGAUUCAGGUCUCAAGCCAGAUCUGGUACAGAAUCUCCUUUGUUGGAUCGCUGACCAUGGAUACGACUUCAACACCAACCGUCAGGAAGUAUAUUCUACUCUACAGGCUGCACUCUGGGGCCUGGGAGUCGCCGGCGGUUACACAACGAAUCGAACAGAGAUCUGUGGGAAUCUAGGUCUCUUCAACACCAUUGGAGACUACCUAGGCAUUCAUGUUGCACAAUACCAGAGCCUCGUCUGCAGCGAUCUUUCUUCUGCUACUCCGUCGCUUGAAACUCAAAAUGCCACUGCCGCCACUUCCAGCCUCUCGAGCAAUCUGACAACAUCGGCUCUCCUCACAGCAUGGCCUUCCAAUGUGACCUUCUGGGGCUCCGGUAGCUCCUGGCCAGGACACAAUAGCACCACUUGGGGUCCUCCUGUCUCCUUCACAGGUACAAUUGGCACUGGCGUGUCAGCGACCGGCAAUCCACAAACCAAUAAUGUGACCUUCCUGACUGGCACCGCUGCAGCGUCCGGCAUGGCAACUGGACCUUCUCAGACCAACAAUACCGGGCCAAUUGGUACCGGGUCGGGAACAGCCGUGAUAACCGGAAGUCCCCAAACUUACAACGUCUCACUUUCCAAUGGUACGGGUGCCGCUCCAGAUUCUGCAGCCGAUAGCCUUGAGACCAACAAUGCCACUCAGCCCACUGGUACAGAUGGGGCAUCUGGAGUCACCACAGCUUUGUUGAAUCAGACCUUCAUGACAACAUGCACGCCGCCGACACCUACCGCCAGACUGUUUUUCCCGGCUAUCUCGACCACCAACAGCCAUUAUCUUUUCAAGGGAUACUAG